AUGUCUGGAUUCCGUCGUGGCGGUUUCCGAGGGCGAAAACGCUUCUAUCGAGACAAUUUCGCUCCGGGUGGCUCGAAAACCGACCCACUCAAUAUCAAUAUCGAACUUCUUGAUGAUCCAGAAGCUGAGAAAAAGCGUUUAGGUAUUCUAGAACCAGAGGAGGUUCCCUCAAAGCGGCGAAAGUCUGACAAGGAUGACAAAAAAGACGAGAAGAAAACAGGAAAGUCCCCAUACAAGAAAAAUCAUCACGGCUCUCCGAAGAAGAAGGCUCCACCGUUGACCAAAGAACAAAAAGACGCUGCAGAGUUCCGCAAGAACAAGACAGAGUAUUUUAACAGGAAAUAUCGAUACGGAAACUUUGACAGAUACUACGGAGUUCGUUUGAAUCCUGGAGAAUCUGAUAAGCGGCUCACAGUCUUCGACAAGCAGUGGUUCGAGCACAAGCAGAUUCUUGAUAUUGGUUGUAAUGUUGGCUUUCUAACACUCUCGAUUGCUAAGGAUUUUUCUCCGCGACGAAUCCUUGGUAUCGAUAUCGAUGAGCACUUGAUCGGUGUGGCUCGCAAGAAUAUCCGCCAUUAUUGUGAUCAUGAGACAGAAGUAGCUGGAAAAUUUCCUGCUUCAUUUGGCGUUCAAUUUGGUACAAUUUCACAAAGAACUGAGGCGCCUCGUUCGUUCUCUACCAAGUUUCCGGAUAAUAUCUGGUUUAAGAAGGAAAAUUAUGUGAUGGAGAAUGAUGAGAUGCUCGAUAUGAUUCAACCUGAAUUCGAUGUUAUCCUCGCUCUUUCGAUUACAAAAUGGAUUCAUUUGAAUUGGGGAGACGAUGGGAUGCGACGGUUUUUCAAGAGAGCUUUUGCACAGCUCCAUCCAGGUGGUCGCCUCAUCAUCGAGCCUCAAGCCUUCGAAACGUAUCGAAAACGUGCCAAGAUGUCGGAGGAACUGAAAACGAACUACUCAAAGAUCGAAUUCAAACCCGACGAUUUCGAGAUGUACCUCAUCGAAACGAUUGGUUUUGAAUCUGUCGAUAAAUUGGGUGUGUCUGGUGCCAAAUCAAAAGGAUUCGAACGACCAAUCGAUGUGUACCUGAAACCAGUUAGACCCAAAACAGACGCCAUCCCAUUGGGAUACAUUUGA